AUGCCUCAACCAUCCCAACCUCGCGUCCCCGCAGUAUCAGGCGGACUGCAGCCACCUCAACCCGCUAGAACAUUACGCAGAUUCCAAUCACACCAGACACUAUCGACACACUCGAGCAGCCCGGCCGUAGGCUCCCGACCUCCGAUCUUCCGAAAUACAACGAGCAUUAACACCCGAGAGGCAUCGGCACAGCAGACGUCGGAGCAGCCAGUAGCUGCCGCAACAACACCUGCAACAACUCAUGGCCGUGGGAGGUCUAAUAGCGAUGUUACUGGAGCUGCGCCUGGAACUGCGCAACCACGCAAACGACCCAGCGUCAAUCGAAAAUCAGGGUCAAUUGGUUAUCUCACUAGGCGCUCCGGGCUUGAAAAUCUCUUGAGAGAGGGCCCUCCAAAUAACAAUAUUGCGAUUGGGCUUGAAGAGUUGCGAUACCUGAUCCUGUCCACGAGAGUUGAUGCAGAUAACGAUGGGAUGUCAACUCACCGUAUAUACAUUUGGCUCACCCUUCUCGAUAUACCUCCUCUCCCAACGGACGAAUACCUCUCCCUUGUCCACCGGGGUCGGUCACCGGCAUAUACCAAGAUCCGUAAUGACACAUUUCGAACCUUAGCCACUGAUCCAUUAUUUAAACGGAGAGUUACCGAAGCAAGUCUUAUACGAUUGCUCAAUGCUGUAGCAUGGAAGAUACAUGACUCCAAGACCGGAACUUCUUUGCGCCAGCUUUCUUCUUCACAGCAGUCAAACUCGAGAAGAACUUCAUCUGUUUUCCUCUCCGAUGGCCAUGCUGCCGCUACUGAUGGCCAAAGUCCGAACCCAUCAGAUUCCGCUGCAAUAUAUGUGCAGGGGAUGAAUGUUUUAUGCGCACCGUUCCUUUAUGCAUCACGCAGCGAAGUAGAAGCGUUCGCGCUGUUCCACCAUUUUAUCACCCGUGAAUGUCCCGGGUAUGCCAAAAGUACCAUGGAUGGAGUUCACAAAGGAGUCAAGCUAGUGGAUCGUUGCCUAGAGGUUGUUGAGCCAAAGUUAGCCAAUCACUUAUUCAGUAAAGGAAUGCAUGCCGAAUUAUACGCAUUCCCAUCGGUUCUUACGCUGUGUGCCUGUACACCCCCACUACCAGAGGUUUUGCAUCUUUGGGAUUUUCUUUUCGCCUACGGACCGCAUUUGAAUAUAUUAUGCAUUGUUGCACAAUUAAUACGGAUGAGGGAUAUCAUCUUGGCAAGUCAGAGGUAA